AUGAGUCUUUGCUUCAUAAUAUACCGGUUAUUACGCCUUCAAUGGGAUGAAGCGGCUGCACGAAGACGAACUGAGGCGCUUCUUGCUAUGGCCGAAGAUGAUGAGAGAGAUGGACAGAGGGAGGCCCAAGUUGCCGGAGGUCGACGACGGGUUGUUCGUCGACGAGUACAACAUGGAGAAGACGAUUUCAUCAAUCAGAUGCUUGGAGGAGAAGGUCCAGACGGUUCUGAAGAAGAGGGUGCCGUGCCGAUAUUCGAAACGGAUGAGAAAAUUGGCAAAAGAAAAGCAGCAAAAUUGCAAGCAAAAGCAGAGAAGAAAGCUAUGCGAGAACAGGCAAGCGAGCUGAUCGAACGUGAAGAACGUAAACGAAGAGAGAAGGAAAAAGAAGAAAAAUUGGAAAAAGAACGCGAAAGGGAAAGGCUUGAAGAAGAAGCGGAGCAAGAGCGAUUAAGGAAGGAAAAGGAAGAGCGCGAAAAAAGGGAGCUGGAGGAGUAUCUAGCCCUCAAAGAAUCGUUUGCUGUAGAAGAAGAAGGUUUCGACCAGCUUGAGGAAGAAGAGUCUCACAACCUUAUGAAAGAGUUUGCGGAUUACAUCACAAAGAGCAAAGUUGUUAACAUGGAUGAAUUGGCUGCACACUUCGGUCUGAAAUCAGACGAAGCGGUUUCUCGUCUCCAGUAUUUUCUCGACAACGGUCUUUUGGAAGGAGUUAUGGAUGAUAGGGGAAAGUUUAUUUGUAUCACCGAUGAAGAGCUGAAGGCUGUGGCAAAAUUUAUCAAUCAACGAGGACGUGUGACUAUACAGGAAUUGGCGGACUACAGCAACAAGCUGAUAUGUCUAGAAGGUACAGCAUAA